CUUCCAAUAAAGUAUCCGUCUAGGAGUUAAGAUGAACAGAACUACAAGGUCCCCAAUGAUGCAGCCGCUGGUCAACUCAGGAAUGGGCAUGGCUCCUUUCUUCAAGGUGACUGUGUUCGAGCAGGAGCAUUUCCAGGGCAAGUGCCUGGAGUUCACCUCCGAGUGCUGCAACGUUCAUGAUUGCGGACUGGACAACAUCCGCUCCAUCAGAGUGGAGAGCGGAGCCUGGGUGGGUUUCGAGCACCAUGACUUCCAGGGCCAGCAGUUCAUCCUGGAGAGAGGAGAGUACCCCCACUGGGACGCGUACAGUGGCUCCCUCUCCUACCACGUGGAGCGCCUCAUGUCUCUGCGCCCCAUCUACUGCGCCUCCCACCAGCGCAGUCGCAUGACCAUCUUUGAGAAGGAGAACUUCCUCGGCCGCAGUGUGGAGAUCUGCGACGACUUCCCCUCUCUGCAGGCCAUGGGCUGGAUGAAGCCUGAAGUUGGCUCCAUGCACGUGCAGAGUGGCGCCUUCGUGUGCUACCAGCACCCCGGAUACAGAGGCCAGCAGUACAUCAUGGAGUGUGAGAGGCACAGCGGAGACUACCAGCACUGGAGGAACUGGGGGUCCCACUGUCAGACCCCCCAGGUCCAGUCCAUCAGGCGCAUCCAGCACUGAGAGGGAGACGGACUGAGACAACCCUCGACCCCCCUGCUUUCAUCCCUUCCUCCAUUUCUUUCUUCCUCUCUUCAAUCCUUUCCUUCCUCUUGAUUUGAGGCGCAACAGCCUUAUCGUGGUCUAAGAGACGAUAUCUCACGGUUAAAGCACCGGGAAACCAACGCUCCCCUCACACAGGCCAACAUAGCCGACGCUCACAGUGUCUUUUUAUUUGGUUUAGAGGUUUCCACUCACACACAUCUGAGCUGAGCGAUUCCUCAGCGAGCUGGAACCAAACGGGAGAUGAAGCUCCAACAUGGCCGAGUCUCCUCGGUGCAGCUGAUGUGUUACCAUGUUGUGUGAAGGAGGUUGAAUACUAAUAAACUCAUUUACACUUCA